CUAAAUGCCUCACCAACUCAGCUGGGUUUACCUUCUCUCCUCUCUCCUCUCUCCAAUUCUUAUCUCUUCAUAAAAUCUCCUAAACUAUGGCCUCUUCUUCUCCAUCUGUUCCCUCCGUUGCCGCAGCCUACCAAAACCCCAUUUGACUUCCCUCAACACGCCGUCGUUUUGUAUCUUCAUCUGUAAACAGAAAUAUUUGUUGUGUUUCUGAAUGGCGUCAACGCCGCCACACUGCUCAAUCACGGCUUCAAAGCCCUACCAGAAUCACCCCUACCCACAAAACCAACUCAGAAGCAAUAAUCACAGACAAACCCAGCACCAGAAUUCUCAGUCUCACUGGACCACCCAUAAGGUCGCGCUCGCCAAACCCCCUCUCUCUCCUUCACCACGAAAUGCAUCAAAACCGGCUGCUACCUCUGCUGCCACCACUCAAAACCCUAAGCCAUUUGAUUCGCUCGCUCCUUUCCACUCCCCAAAAUCCGAACUUGCUCCUAAUUUUUCCGGACGCCGAUCCACCCGUUUUGUAUCAAAAAUGCACUUUGGGCGCCCCAAAAGCAAUAUGAGCACCCGCCAUACAUCCGUCGCAGAAGAAGCCUUUCAAAACAUGAUCCACUAUGGUAAGGAUUAUAUGUCCUUUGAUAGUGUACUUCUAAACUUCGAGACUAAGCUCUGUGGUUCUGAUGAUUACUUGUUCUUGCUUCGAGAGCUUGGAAAUAGAGGUGAGUGGUCAAAGGCUAUUCAUUGUUUUAACUUUGCUGUCAAAAGAGAGAGAAAAAAGAAUGAACAAGGAAAAUUAGCGAGUGCGAUGAUUAGUAUUCUUGGUAGAUUAGGAAAAGUUGAACUUGCUAAGAAUGUUUUUGAAAAUGCUUUAAACGAGGGUUAUGGUAACACCGUUUACGCGUUUUCUGCUUUGAUUAGUGCUUAUGGGAGAAGUGGUUACUGUGAUGAGGCUAUUAGAGUGUUUGAUUCGAUGAAAAAUUUUAACCUGAAGCCGAAUUUAGUCACUUACAAUGCUGUGAUUGACGCGUGUGGUAAAGGAGGUGUUGAGUUUAAACAUGUGGUGGAAAUUUUUGAUGAUAUGUUGAAAAAUGAGGUGCAACCAGAUCGAAUCACUUUUAAUUCAUUACUUGCAGUUUGUAGCAGAGGAGGGCUGUGGGAGGCAGCAAGAAAUUUGUUUAGUGAGAUGGUCAAUAGAGGAAUUGAUCAAGAUAUUUUCACAUAUAAUACCUUAUUAGAUGCUGUUUGUAAAGGCAGGCAAAUGGAUUUGGCUUUUGAGAUUAUGGCUGAAAUGCCCACCAAGAAUAUUAUGCCUAAUGUUGUAACUUAUAGCACUAUGAUUGAUGGGUAUGCAAAGGCUGGUAGAUUAGAUGACGCACUCAAUUUGUUUAAUGAAAUGAAGUUUAUGGGAAUUGGGUUGGAUAGGGUUUCGUAUAAUACUGUGGUUUCAAUAUAUGCGAAGCUUGGUAGGUUUGAGGAGGCUAUGGAUAUUUGUAAGGAAAUGGAGAGCUCUGGGAUUAGGAAAGAUGUUGUAACUUUUAAUGCACUCUUGGGCGGGUAUGGGAAGCAAGGGGAAUUUGGUGAAGUUAGAAGAGUGUUUACUGAGAUGAAAGGAAACCAUGUAUCUCCUAAUUUACUGACUUAUUCAACUCUUAUUGAUGUGUAUUCAAAAGGUGGUUUGUAUAAAGAGGCAAUGGAAGUAUUCAGAGAGUUCAAGCAGGCAGGACUGAAGGCUGAUGUGGUGCUUUAUAGUGCACUUAUAGAUGCCUUUUGUAAAAAUGGGUUGGUGGAAUCAGCUGUAUCUUUACUUGAUGAGAUGACAAAGGAAGGGAUUAGACCUAAUGUUGUCACUUACAAUUCUAUAAUUGAUGCCUUUGGUCGUUCUGCAACUGCCGAAUGUCCAGUUGAGGAUGGUGAGAUAUACCUUGAGUUGAAAAAAGAAUCUUCACAUUUAAAUAAAGUGCUUACCACGGAUGAUAAGGAAGGCGAAGUGGCAGGAAGGGCAGAUAAACAAAUCAUACAGAUUUUUGGGCAGCUAGCUGCCGAGAAAGCUGGUCAAGCAAAGAAAGAGAACAGAUGUAGAAAGGAAAUCCUGUGCGUUCUGGGUGUCUUUCAGAAGAUGCAUGAGCUAGAAAUUAAACCAAAUGUCGUUACAUUUUCAGCCAUUCUAAAUGCUUGCAGUCGGUGUAAUUCAUUUGAAGAUGCAUCGGUGUUAUUGGAGGAGCUCCGUUUAUUUGACAAUCAGGUCUAUGGUGUGGCACAUGGACUCCUCAUGGGUUGUAGAGAAAAUAUUUGGGUUCAAGCCCUGUCCCUCUUUGAUGAAGUAAAGCAAAUGGACUCUUCUACUGCUUCUGCAUUUUACAAUGCUCUGACUGACAUGCUAUGGCACUUUGGUCAGAAACGAGGAGCUCAGCUUGUUGUGCUUGAAGGUAAACGUCGGCAAGUAUGGGAGAAUGUGUGGUCUGAUUCAUGCUUAGAUUUGCACCUUAUGUCUUCUGGUGCUGCUCGGGCAAUGGUUCAUGCAUGGUUGCUAAACAUUCGCUCAGUUUUGUUUGAAGGCCAUGAGUUGCCAAAACUGUUAAGCAUCUUAACGGGAUGGGGCAAACACAGCAAAGUUGUUGGUGAUGGUGCACUGAGGCGAGUUAUUGAGGGUCUUCUUACUGGCAUGGGCGCACCUUUCUGGGUUGCCAGGUGCAACUUAGGUAGAUUCAUAUCAACAGGACCCAUGGUUGCUGCCUGGUUAAGAGAAUCUGGCACACUGAAGGUGCUUGUUCUCCAUGAUGACCGAACUCAUUCAGAAAAUUCAAGGUUUGAUAAAAUCCCUGAUCUGCAAAGUCUUCCUUUGUAGUUGUCUGUUCCGGUCACCUUUUUUCCCCCUGUUUUCCCCAACAUGUUGAUGAACGCAUCGGAAAUUCAACACAAAGUUUCUCUCU